AAAGAGUUAUCAAAGGCUCUCUGUAUCUCUGUCUCUCUCGAGAAAACCAAAGGAAAAAUCAUGGCAAAGAGCAAAGUUCUUGUUGUUGGGGCUACUGGGUAUGUGGGAAGCAGGAUUGUGAAAGCAAGCUUAGAACAAGGUCACAAAACGUAUGUAGUUCAACGGCCUGAGAUAGGACUUGAUAUUGAAAAGCUUCAAAUGCUACUGUCGUUUAAGAAGCAAGGAGCUCAUCUGGUUAAAGCCUCGUUUUCUGAUCAUAAAAGCUUAGUAGAGGCUGUGAAGAAGGUUGAUGUUGUCAUCUGUACCAUCUCUGGUGUUCAUUUUCGAUCCCAUAACCUUCUCAUGCAGCUCAAACUUGUUGAAGCCGUCAAAGAAGCAGGAAAUGUUAAGCGUUUCUUGCCUUCAGAAUUUGGCAUGGACCCAUCAAAAAUGGGACAUGCGCUUGAACCAGGAAGAGAGUCUUUUGAUCAGAAAAUGGUAGUGCGAAAGGCAAUAGAAGAGGCUAACAUCCCCUACACUUACGUCUCCGCUAACUGCUUCGCCGGUUAUUUUGUCAGCAACCUCUCUCAGCUUGGCACGCUAACUCCUCCAACUGAUACAGUGUAUCUCUACGGAGAUGGCAACGUUAAAGCUGUUUUUAUGGAUGAAGAUGAUGUUGCAACAUACACAAUCAAGACAAUAGAUGAUCCUCGAACUUUGAAUAAAACAUUGUACUUAAGGCCACCAGAAAACAUUCUUUCGCAAAGACAACUAGUUGAGAUGUGGGAGAAGCUCAGCGGUGCUACGCUAGAAAAGAAAAGCAUUUCUGGGGAACAAUUCUUAGCCUCCAUGAAUGAUGUGGAUUAUGCAACAAAAGUAGGAAUUGGACAUUUCUAUCAUAUUUUCUAUGAAGGAUGUUUGACAAACUUUGAAAUAGGAAAAGAUGGAGAGGAAGCUUCAAAUCUUUAUCCAGAAGUAAAGUAUACUCGCAUGGAUGAAUAUUUAAAAAUCUAUAUUUAAAGACCCUUAAUUUUUCUGUUGAUGACUGUCUACAAUUUCCCCCAUGGGUACUCAAGUUGAUUGGGACUCCUAUAACCUAUAUUUUUACUUCUUAUGCCCUAGAUUUUUCUUAGUUAAACUUGAUUUAUCAUGAACUUAAAAGACAAGAUAUAUAAUGGGACUCACCUAUUAAACAUAUAAAUUUCAUAUGUUUAUAUCUUAAGUUCAUAAUAGACCGAGUUUAAGUAAGAAUUUUCUUGCAUAUCUAUAUGUUCUUUGAGAACAAUAAGAAUAUAAUAAGGUGGUUUUGAUUUGGCGUAA